UGAAAACAAACAUGGCGGACAGUGAGACAUGGCGAAACAAAUAUUUCUAAUUUUCUUUUUAUUUUGCUGCGUAUCUUUUAAAUUUUUAACAAAGUUUGCCGUGAAACCUGAAAAGGAACUAAUAGAUGCUUUGGGCUCGUUUUCUUCAGUCGAAUGUCCAGCUGGAAUCACGUUGUAUCGACUUAAAUCCGGCAGUGUAUUAUACAGGAUUCAAGUCCAGAACAAAUUGCCUCACAAUAUUUUUGAGAAGACGAGUUUACUCAGAAAAUGUGAAAAACUUCCGAUAUCCGGGGAUGAUUCAGGAAGAACAAAAAUUUUACAAUAUGAGCGUUAUGAACUUGGUCAGGGCGAAUUCGACAAAAGUAUUGGCUAUUACAAUGAUGUUAAUCCGGAUACAUCCUACCUUUUAAAAGAAACAUGCGAUAUAUCAGAAACUGAACCAGAUGGUCUUGGAUCAUUUUUGGAUGGAGAGACGCCAAAUUCAGUGAUGUCAAAUCCAUUUCUGACUUAUUUAUUGCAAGUGGUGAAAGGACCAGAACCAGCGACAUUAUCGAACUUCAAAAACAACACAGAGGCGUGGUCAUACAAUACGCUAGCCAGCGGCAUAUUCCCGGGAACUCUUUGGUGUGGCUUCGGAAAUAUGGCGGAGGAUAUGUACGGACAAGUCGGAGAACAUUCUGAGACAGACGACUGUUGUAGAUCACAUGACUUGUGUAAACCAAUGAUAAAAGCAUUCGAGACUCGAUAUUACUACUCCAAUCCAAGUGUUCUACCCAUAAGCCAUUGCGGUUGCGACAAUCAGUUCUACAAGUGUCUACUCAGGGUAAACUCACCUACAUCGAAAAUGAUCGGCAAGAUUUUCUUCAAUUUGGUGAAAAUGAAAUGUUUUGACUUCGACAUCCGGGACGUUUGUGUUUCAUCAUUUCUUGGACUUUGUCGUGAAAGAGAGGAAAAGUGUGUUGCUGUGUUGAAAUCUAGUAAAUUAUUUCCAACUUGAA